UCUCACUCUCUUUCUCUCUCUAGAUUCCCUCCUUCAUUUUCUCUCUCUAACUCUACGAUGGCUUUGACUUCCCUCUCCUCUUCUUCUUCUUCCCCUUCUUCCCCUCAUACACGCUUAUCCAACCACCAUUUUCGCUUAUCAAAAUCCCCCCAUCGCCUUCUCUCCUUCUUCCUUCUUCUCUACACACUCUCUCUUCUUAAUCUUUCCUCUGCAAUGCUCUGAUUCUCCGGUACACACCCAGUUUUGUGUUGAUCCCAGCUCCGUCUUUGCUUUCAAUCGCCGUCGCUAUCGCUGCAUUUAAGUCUCAAUCGUGCUGACGCUUCUGGGUUUUGUGUUUUGCUAUCUGGGGUUUUCAUGAAUGCGUUGGUGAUUGGGUUUGCGCUGCUCAAUCGGAGGCCUGUGGUCGUUCAACCAUGGCGUCGGAGCGGCCGCUUUUGAUUGUAUCUCCUAGAACGCCCAAAACCCAGCAGCUUCCUCCCGAUUCUAUACUCCGCGAUCUACCGAAACCGAAGUCCGAGCGGUCCGGAUCGUUCUCCGCCAUGGAUUCUCGGAGCCCUAAUGAAAACUCGGCGAGUGCUGAACUUGGCUACCGUUCUUUCUCGCGGCGGAGUCAAUCGUCGCUGCAAUCGAAGUCCUCGAUUCGGGAAGUGGGUUCUAGUGAGUUCGGAUCGAGGCCUGUUCGUCAUGGGUCUCGAGGCGCCGAUUCUGAAGCACUGAGCAUAUCCCAGAAGGAGAUCAGUGACGAGGAUGCGAGGUUGAUUUACGUCGACGAUCCUGAAAAGACGAACGAGAAGUUUGAGUUCGCUGGAAAUUCGAUUCGCACCGGCAAGUAUUCGAUUAUAACUUUUCUGCCCAGGAAUCUGUUCGAACAGUUUCAUAGAAUUGCUUAUAUAUAUUUCCUUGUUAUUGCGGUUCUUAAUCAACUUCCCCAGCUUGCCGUUUUUGGUCGGGGAGUCUCCAUUUUGCCUUUAGCUUUUGUGCUGCUAGUUACAGCAGUUAAAGAUGCAUAUGAGGAUUGGAGAAGGCAUCGUUCUGAUAAAAUUGAGAACAAUAGGUUAGCUUCUGUUUUGGUAAAUGGUGAGUUUCAACUAAAGAAAUGGAAGGAUAUUAGAGUUGGUGAGAUAAUUAAGAUUGGUGCCAAUGGUACAAUUCCUUGUGAUAUGGUGCUUCUCUCUACCAGUGAUUCCACUGGGGUUGCCUAUGUGCAGACUCUGAAUUUGGAUGGGGAAUCGAAUUUAAAAACCAGGUACGCGAAACAAGAGACAAUGUCGAAAAUGCCCGACAAGGAGAAGAUUGAUGGAUUGAUUAAAUGUGAGAAACCCAAUAGGAAUAUCUAUGGAUUUCAUGCUAAUAUGGAGAUUGAUGGGAAGCGUCUUUCUCUUGGACCUCCAAACAUAGUUCUUCGUGGCUGUGAGCUCAAGAAUACUAGCUGGGCUGUUGGUGUUGCUGUAUAUGCUGGCCGGGAGACCAAAGCCAUGCUUAACAGUUCCGGAGCUCCAUCGAAGAGAAGCCGACUCGAGACUCGCAUGAAUGUGGAGAUUAUUAUGCUCUCUUUGUUUCUCAUUGCUUUGUGUAUAGUUGUUUGUGUUUGUGCUGCUGUUUGGUUCAUCAGAAAGGGGGAAGAUUUGGACAUUUUACCUUAUUUCAGAAAGGAGGAUUUCUCAGAAGACCCACCUGAAACCUAUAAUUACUAUGGAUGGGGAUUGGAUUCGUUUUUUGUAUUCCUCAUGUCAGUCAUUGUGUUUCAGAUUAUGAUCCCUAUUUCGCUAUACAUUUCAAUGGAGCUUGUUCGGGUUGGCCAGGCUUAUUUUAUGAUCCGGGACACCCAAAUGUAUGAUGAAACAUCAAAUUCAAGAUUUCAGUGCCGUGCUUUGAACAUAAAUGAGGAUUUAGGACAAAUAAGGUAUGUAUUUUCGGACAAAACGGGUACCCUUACUGAGAAUAAGAUGGAAUUUCGAUGUGCCAGCAUCUGGGGAGUCGAUUAUGGAGGCGAAAUUACCGAUCCCUUAGGCGAGCAAAUUGGACACUCUGUUCAAGUGAACGGAAAGGUUUUGAGGCCAAAAAUGGCAGUCAAAACGGAUCCGAAGCUUCUACAGUUAUCGAAAAGUGGAAGGCACACCAGGGAAGGGAGAUAUAUUCAUGAUUUCUUCCUCGCAUUGGCUGCUUGCAAUACCAUUGUUCCUCUCAUUACCGAAACUUCCGAUCCUUCACUGCAAUUAAUUGACUACCAAGGGGAGUCUCCAGACGAACAGGCAUUGGUUUAUGCUGCUGCGGCGUAUGGUUUUAUGCUAGUCGAACGAACUUCUGGCCAUAUAGUUAUUGACAUACAUGGUGAACAGCAAAGGUAUAACGUUUUGGGAAUGCACGAGUUUGAUAGCGAUAGGAAGCGGAUGUCGGUGAUACUCGGAUGUCCUGAUAUGACCUUUAAAGUAUUUGUAAAAGGGGCUGACAGCUCCAUGUUCAAGGUGAUGGGUGAAACUCUAAACAUGGAUAUCAUUCAAGCAACCAAGGCAAAUCUUCAUUCGUACUCAUCAAAGGGUCUCAGGACACUGGUUAUUGGGAUGAAAGAACUCAGUCCUUCCGACUUCGAGAAAUGGAACUUGAUGUUUGAGGAAGCAAGCACCGCUCUAGUCGGCAGGGCCAUCCGGCUUCGCAAGGUUGCGAGCAACAUAGAAAACAAUCUGUGCAUAUUGGGUGCCUCAGGCAUUGAAGAUAAGUUGCAAAAAGGUGUGCCAGAAGCCAUAGAAGCUUUAAGAAAGGCAGGAAUUAAAGUAUGGGUUUUAACUGGGGACAAGCAAGAAACUGCCAUAUCAAUUGGUUACUCCUCUAGGCUCUUAACAAACAAGAUGACCCAAAUUAUAAUUAACAGCAACUCGGUGGAAUCAUGUAGAAGGAGCUUAGAAGAUGCAAUGAUCAUGUCGAAGAGGCUUGCUACUAUGUCUGCAGUUACGGUGGACGGUGGAAGAAGCACUGAAGUUGUCACGACUUCGGUUGCGUUGAUCAUUGAUGGUAGCAGCCUUGUUCAUAUUCUCGACAAUGAUCUUGAAAAACAGCUCUUUCAACUAUCUUGUAACUGUUCGGUGGUGUUAUGUUGUCGGGUCGCCCCAUUGCAGAAAGCUGGAAUUGUUGCUCUUGUCAAGCGAAGGACUUCUGACAUGACACUUGCCAUUGGUGAUGGCGCGAAUGACGUGUCAAUGAUCCAAAAGGCGGAUGUGGGUGUCGGUAUCAGUGGUCUUGAGGGUCGACAAGCUGUCAUGGCUUCGGAUUUUGCCAUGGGACAAUUUCGAUUCUUGGUUCCUCUUCUAUUGGUCCAUGGACAUUGGAAUUACCAGCGGAUGGGCUACAUGAUCCUGUACAAUUUUUACAGAAAUGCAGUGUUUGUGCUUGUUUUGUUUUGGUACGUGCUCUUCACCGGUUUUUCAUUGACGACGGCGAUCAACCAAUGGAGCAGUGUGCUCUACUCUAUAAUCUAUACUUGUUUGCCCACAAUUGUUGUUGGAAUUCUUGACAAGGACUUAGGAAGAAGGACUCUUCUUAGUCACCCUCAACUCUAUGGGGCUGGCCAUAGACAGGAGAAUUACAACUCUAGAUUGUUUUGGUUAACAAUGGUUGACACUGUGUGGCAAAGCAUUGCUAUUUUCUUCAUCCCCCUAUUUGCAUACUGGGCUACCACCAUCGACAUUUCGGGCCUCGGAGAUCUCUGGCUGCUCGCCACGGUAAUCGUCGUCAACUUGCACUUGGCAAUGGACGUCAUUCGAUGGUAUACCAUCACCCACGCCGUCAUUUGGGGGUCCACUCUCGCAACUGUCAUUUGUGUCAUUGUUCUCGAUUCGAUACUGUCGCUUCCUGGUUUCUGGGCGAUAUAUCACGUGGCGGGCACGGGGGAUUUUUGGCUAUGUUUGUUAGCGAUCGUCGUAGUAGCAUUACUACCCCGUUUCGUCGUGAAAUACCUAUAUCAGUAUUACAGGCCAUGUGACAUCCAGAUAGCAAGAGAGGCUGAUAAAUUUGGAAGGACGAGAGAUCUGGGAGUUGUACAAACAGAGAUGAUCCCAGUCCUCAACAAUCCUUCACAAGUAUGACAAAAUCAACUCUUUGUUCACUUAUUUAUUAUUAUUAUUUUUUUAAUUUCAUUUCAUUAUACUUCACAGUUUUGUAUGUUCUUGUAAAGAAAAACCACAAUUCUUUAGGCUGCUUCAGAAUAAUUCUCCUGUUGCCAGUUUCCAUCCAUAGGAAUUGUAAUAUAAAUUUUUUUUUUUUAAUUUAAGAUUUAUUUUUUGUU